AUGAGGCACAACAUGCGUCGGGUACGUCAACCUUUCGGCGCAACGUAUUGUGGCGGGUGCGUGCCUUCGAUUCGUGUUGUCAUUCGUCGUGUGAUUCAGUCCAGCCAGGGCAAGGGCCUGCGUAGUGUUCUGGAUCAGUACGAGGAUUUUAAACUGGUGCAGCAACUCCGCAAGAACGAAAAGGGGAACUACUAUCGUUACCAGCAGAAAUUGUGGCCUUCAACGGAGGCGUUGGAGCGGUCCAUGACGGAGCGACUCUACAGCUCUACGGAGCGUUCGCCCCUAAUGCUGCUACCACAACCAAAGCGGGCAUCUUCCAAUCGCACGCUUGUUAUCGAAGGACAUGGUGCAACGGCGCUGCUAGAAGCUGCGGAGGCGACGUUUGCGCACGAUGCUCACGCAACGGUGGAUGGGACCGCAACAUUAACAGCUCCUUUUGAUAGCGUGGAUGAAAUGCUCGCUGCGCAGCUGUGCGCCGACCAGCAAAAGGGCAUGGAAAGCAAGAUCAUUACCGAUGCCGAUUUAGAAGGCACGGUGCUAGAAUCCUCUCGUGAGCGUGCUAGACAUGUCAUUGAAGAGGAUCUUGCGGUUAACGAUUUGGUAAACUCCCCGUCAUCGGCUUCUCCAGCAGCACUGAUCUCGGGUCGCAAGUUGCCGUCUGCGAAAGACGAGGGAGGUGUAGCGUGGUUCUCUCUUGGAAUGGACGCGGUGCUGAGUGACAGGGCGCUCGCCAAGUAUGGCCCAGCUCCUACACGUCUUCAGUGUCGUCUGCUCCCGGCGCUUCUGCACGAGGAUCACAAUGAUGUUCUCUUUAAUGGGGUCACUGGAAGUGGCAAGACAAGUGGUCUCCUUCUUGCCUUACUGCAGUGCGUUCGAGCCGAAGCAGCGGGUCUCAACGUAUUUGUGGCAAAGGAUGAGCUAACGGCGUUGUAUGCGUACAAUCAGCUUCGAGCGCUUUGUGGUCCUUCGGGAGGAACAGUGGUGGACCGUCCGCGAGAUGAUUGGUCGUGGAUGUAUCUAGGGGCUCAUCGAGGUAGUUACGUGACCUACUACCGUGCGCUUCGGCGUUCACUGCAAAGUGCGCAUGGCCCGGUGCGCAUAUUCAUUACAACCGCAGAUACAAUGUGUGAGUUAUUGUUUGAAAAAAAAAUGGAAUUUGAGGCCUUUGGUUACUUGAGGCGUGUGUACGUCGAUGAUGUUGGCGUGCAAAUACCCAUGUUGACGCCUACUGCUCCUGUGGCGGAGGUGCGGGAGCGCUUGAGGAACCCACUGGCAUGCGAGUUGCUCUUGGGAACACUGCAUCAACUUCCAGGGCCGCACAUUCGUUCCAUCUUGCAGCUUGGGCUUGUAUCGUCUGACAUGGAUGAGCGUCUCAAGGAUCAUUUAAAAGCACUCUGUGUAAAACUUGAGCGUCACACCAUUGUUCUCUCUUCUGUGCGUGUUCCUUCCACAAUUCACUGUCUUUUCAGCUUUUAUUUGUACCACGAGGACGUGUACGAGUAUCUCGUAAAACUAAUUUGGAAUGCCCGGAGCACCAUCCCCGGACGUGCCGUGAUAUUCAUUCGCUACGAGGAUGAUCUCUUGCAGGUGCGAGCAAAACUGCGGGGUCUUGGCAUGAAUGCCAAACUUUUUUCGGAGGUGUACCAUAAUGGCGAGUUUUCUGAGAAGUGGAAGUUUCUGCUUCUUCGGGAGUCUGAGGCGUUUGGCAUUGACAUACCUCUUGUCUCCCACGUGUUUAUCACCUUUUGUCCCCGUGCGGCAUACUCCUUUCAGCACAUGUGUGGACGCACGGGGCGGCUGGGCAACCUUGGCUGGGCCUACACCGUCACCGACAAGCGUGACGCCAGACGUGUGCGGGAGAUUGCCUCUCAGUUAGACGUGGAUUUUUGUAGUCACGUUGUCGAUGCCCAACUCGCACAGGUUGCUGCGAAGGAUGUUGACCGUCAAACCAAGGAAUACGAGUUAUACGGUCUUGAUCCUCAGUACGCGGUGAGGCAGCACUAUAUUGUGCAGAGUGAGAAUCCCGAUAUGGCGUACCGAAGCCGCGAGUUCUUCAGCAGGCCCGCCAAGAGGCAAUUUCAGUUGGAGCAGUACACACCAACCUCCGUCCUGCACCGUCGCUUUGUUAACGCGAAAAAGCUUGCCGCGGAUGUCAAUCGCGAUCCAAGCGUGACGGUGUCACUCCAGAAACAGGGCAUGCUUGACCAAAAGUUGCGACCAACCAAGCGGCUGAAAUUUCUUCUUAAUAAAAAAAGCCGUAGGUACGGCACAUCUCUUUACAGUGGGAAGGAAAGCAGAUCUGACAGCAGAUGA